CUGCGAUACACAACGCAUAUUCAUAUCUUUACUAUAUUCAAGAAGAAUAAUUUACUUUCAGAUAGUAAAAUUUGUUUAAAAUCCUUUUUCUGAACGUAAAACAUGGUUUUGACUUAGUUAGGGAAUCUCUAACUGUUAAAGCGUACGUUUUUUAGGUUAUGUUUCCAUCUUUUAUAGGUAUUUUAGAUAUUCAGUCAUGGUGGGAAGUGCCCAGUAUCGCGUACUUUUGUUCCUUAUUCAGGACUGCGUUCAAUCUUCUGGAUUUUGACAUUGAAGAACUUGAAGAGGCUCUUCUGACAGAUGGAACGGAAGAAUCGGCUAGUUCCCUCCUGACCGAGCUGAUCGUGCGUCUUCUAAAUGGAUGUCUGGGCAACAAUGACAUCUCUGCCUUCAACUAUCAGAUGUAUUUGAGACGUCUAUUUAGAAGAAAAUGUCAAGAAACGGGAAGAUACAAUCCAUUUAACACUGAUAUUGACUUCCAAUUUCUUCCCCUCCGCACUAAAGUUGAAAUCUUAUAUGCUUUGUGCGACUUUCGUUUGGAUGCUGAAGAUGUUUUUGAUUUGUUUAAAAACCUUGAAGCUGAGAGUCUACGAGUGGAACCACUAGGAUAUGACAACAAUGACUCGGCCUACUGGUACUUUUAUGGCACAAGAUUGUAUAGAGAGGAUACAAUAAAGAAACAAAAAGGCAAAAACAAAAAGAAAAAAGGAAAGGAAAGCAAGAAACGUGGUUGGUUUUAUGGGGAUGACUGGCUGGACGACGAGGACACUGAAAGGGUGUGGCAAGUGGUGUGUUUCACCGAAGACGAUUGGACCCACUUGACAGAGAAAUUUAGCCGAGCCACUAGUAAAGUUGAGAAGGAACUGUAUAGAUCUCUCUCACAAAACUUUCUGCCAGAGAUACCACGGCUUUUCCAGGAGAAGGAGCGCUUGCAACGUAAAAGGUUGCUAGAACUAGCGCCACGACGUACUUCGAGUCGUGUACUUCAAAAAAUUAAACAAAAAGAGGAAGAGGGAAAGCAAAGCGCACAGGACAGCAAGGACGAGGAGGAAAGCAAAGAAACACCUGAUUUGGCGCGAGAAAACAGGGCAAAAAGGCGAAACUUACUAAGGUCGAAGUCAGAUUCAUCGGACUCGGACAGUUCUGAAAGUGAAAAGGACAAAAUGCCACAAAAAGUCUCCAAACGAUCGAAAAGCCAUGAUAAGCGGUCAAAAAACUCCUCUGCCACACACAAAGGCGAACCACCCCCAGAGCCUCCUGUAAAAACCGGCAGAAAGACCAAUAACUCGCUGGCAUGCGCUACGGGUCAGAUCCUUAUACCAGAAAAUGACGAACCAGUUAAUAGUACUAGGAAGAAACUCAAAACGUCGCAAAUUUUUACGCAAACGGAGGAAGACAUUCAAACCGACAUGUACAAGGUGCUCGAGCAGCUCACCGCACACGACGACGCGUGGCCGUUUAUGGAUCCAGUGGAGGAGGAAUAUGCCCCAAAUUACUACGCAGUCAUUAGACGUCCCAUGGAUUUACGCAAAAUGGAGGAGCGGUUAGACAGUGGUUACUACACGGAUUUCGCGAUGUUCAAAGCCGACUUCAAGCUCAUCGUCAACAAUUGUCGUCUAUAUAACGGCCAAGACAAUGAAUAUACAAUGAUGGUAGACAGCCUUCAGGCAGCUUUUGACAGAUUGACUGAGAAAUAUAUGCAUCGACUGUCAUCCUCAGAUGAAGAAAUUGCUGUUGAGUAUCAAUUACCUACUCCGUCUAGAAAGCAUAAGCUUAAAUCAAGUGAAUCUCCAAGCCGAAAUAAGAGGAAAAAGCGAAAAUCUCAUUCUGAUUCCGGUGAUCCUAAAUCCAGUUCUUCAGAUCAACCUUUGGAAGAGGUGAAACUAAAAACAACCGAAGAUGAUGUUAAUGAUACACCUGAUGCUGAAGCUAAAAAAUCAAAACAAAAUAAAGAGAAGAAAAAACGCAAAGGACAUCACAGGCAUGGUAAACAUUCCAAAAAUCACAAAAAAGAUUCUCACAAAUCUGAACACAGUGAGGAUAAAGAACCUAAAAGUAAACACAGUAAGAAGCAGAAGCAUGGUAAAAAUAAAAAUAAAGAAGGCAAAAAGUCCAAGCAAAAGAAAAAGAAAAGUAAGCACCAUGAGACGGAGCCAGUUGAGGUGCUGAAAAGAAGUGAAUCCCAAGAUUCAUUAGAAAGUUCAAAUAGAAGUAGAAGCGCGAGCCCUUUGCCCUCCAUCCACACGCCGACUCCUUCGCCUUCCGAGGCCGACCAUCAAGAGCCCUCCGACCAGCUCAACGAUCCCGACUUUGUAAAGGACAAGUACGACAAGAUCAAGGAAAGAAGACGACACGCGGCUAAAGACGCAUGGGAAUCACUCUUCGAUUACAGUCAAAAAACCGUUGAUAAGCAAAAGCAAAAUCUCCACAUCCCGGAAAAGGAAAAGAAUCAGAAAUUGAGGGAAACUAUAGAGAAACUCAAGGCUAAGAGUGAAAAAUACAAAGAUAGCUCUCUGUUUAAUAGUUUAUUUUCUAGCAACAGUAAUUCAGACAAAAACGUCAGUAAUAAAGACCGUGAUGAUUUAGAUUUCUCUGACGAGGAUCGUAAUGAUAGUCAUAAAAUUAAAGGGGGAAACAAAAGAGGACAAAAGAAAAAUACCGCUAAAAAUGAAUCUGCAUCUGAAGCCUUGGAGCAAGCUGUUAAAGAUAUCAGCAAGUGGCUUGAUGACGCUCCUAAAGGAUCUGUGCAUAGCUCGCCCUCUGAUAGCCCGGCACAUACCAUUUCCACUGAAGAACAUGACAACAGUCGACAUGAUGACGAGUUUGGACAAAUAGAAAAAACAACAACUCUCAGAAAAGAUUUAUCGCGCAAACGGCCAUCCUCCCGCGAACCAAAAUUAAUAAGAAGGAGGGAAAUUCAGAGAACCAUAGAGAGAUUACAACCAGGUAAAAGCAAGGGAAACUUGCUUACUAACCUGGCUAGCAAGAGUGCUGAGAAAGUAGAGGAAGCCACUCCCCUCGGCCCUAGCAAAACUCGAGAGAUUAGUAAAAACGAAGAAUCUAGCCCCAAGCUUAGCCUUGGUUCAGUAUUGCACACUGUGGAAUUUUCUCUUGGUAAAGACCACAAUUUCAGCAAGACUGAAGAUAAUAAACUUGAUGACAAUAAUCCAUCUCAGUCCCCAAAAAGUGAAAAAGAUAACAAUACUGAGGAAGUUAUCCAAAAACAUAAAGCAGAAGAUGUUUCAGUUCAAACUAAUAAAAAAGAUGUGGAGGUUGAAACUGAGCCAUCGCCAACGCCAAAACCAAGCCAAGAAAAGGCUACGCCAAAUCUCAGUGCUUGGUUCAAAGCUUUUGGAACACCUAAAAAUACAACCUCUACAGUAACUGCUCCAAAAAAGAAACCAGAAGAAACUGAAUGUGAUGAAAAAGUAACAAUUGACAAUACAAACAAUGAUAUUAAAGUUUCCAGUCCUAAAAAUACAACCAAGUAUGACUCUCCAAUUGAUCCAGAAACUCCAAAUGCUGAUGGAGGUGACAGUCCAUUACCAAACGUAAGUGCGACGCCUAGACAGCGUAGAACAAGUACAGGCAGUUCUGUUUCAGAACGGUCUUCUUUCAGCCAAGAUCUGGACUCUCCAAGACACCAGAUGUCUCACAAUUCACCUCUGCUGAGAUCACCAGCAUCACCUCGGACAGACGACUUCCAGAAAAUUACAUAUCCUAUAAUUAAUGGAACCGUGAGAGCAGGGUUUUACCAAGAUACAACUUCCAUCAAAAGCAGUCCAGAAAAAAGUUGCAGUCCACGCGAGGCUCCACAGUCGCCAUAUUCUCCUUAUUCGCAACACGUAUAUGCUUCAAACAGCGGAUUGGGAUCCUCCACUCCAAAUUACUUCCUAGACCACAACAAGAGCCCACUUCCAACAUAUACUCAGAAUCCACCACCUUAUUAUGAUACUUCAAAGGCUCCAGUCGUGAGUAAACCAGCGCGCAUUCACGAUGACUACACAGCCCUUGGUCCGGAUAGCUACCAACAGAAUACAUACAGUGGACCAUUCUCUCCUUCACACUCUCCAUAUCCAGCAACACAACCAUCGAAAUAUACUCAACCACAGCUGUCGCCGCAGCCAUCCGGCUCUAAUUCAACUCUUGUUAAUUCAACACAGCCUUUAUCAGACCAUAAAACCUCUCUGUUCCCUGUUAAGAAACGAAUGUACAAUGAACCAGAAUUACCUACAUUAUCACUUAAAACUGCGACGGAAACAAAAGAUUCUUCACCACCAAUGAAAAACGAAUAUCAGAAAAAAACGUCUACUGCUUUACCGUCUGUGUCAGUUGAUAAAAUAGCAGCUGUCCUUAGUGAAAAAUCAGAAUUGGCCAAUCAAAAUAGCUUACGUGAAAAGAACGUGGUAGAUUUUGGGGAACGCCAUGCAGUUGAAAAUAAGGACACUACAACAUUUAUAAAUAAUGAACAUUCUCUCGAUAACAAGAAGAAUAUGGUAAAUCCAGACUUGAACCAGCCAAUAGGUAUGAUUAAGAAGGAUAACAUUGACAUGGUUAAUAUGGGCUACAACAUGAAUCCAGAUGAAAAGAAAAAUAUUGUAGAACCUAUUGAAAUCGAUUAUGCAGUGAACAAGGAUGUCUCAAAACCUGCUGUGAACGUUCAAGCUAAAACCUAUGACGUGGAUAAAAUUGCGAUGAAUCUCGGCUUAAAUCAACAAUUCCAGAAGUCAUUGUCAAAAUCAAAUGCUCCCCCAUUGACCCCAACUAACAUAAUACCUGCCCACUCUCAUUCUGAAAUGAAUAUCAAUCAUAACAUUGCCCACGCACAUCACAAUCAAUAUGAUGGCAUUUCUGGGAGCCAACCCGUCAGUAACUUUUCACUGAAUGAUAUUGAACUCGCCAACAAAAAACUGUACGCUUGUAAUAACACCUCAUCCACUACAACGGCUAUUGACUAUGGCAAUUGGAAACUGACGAAUCAAAUACGAAAACAAGACGUGCUGCCCUCAGAUUACUCUACAAAUUACAGUACCAGUAACACGGACAAACUGAAAAAUAAUAUCAGCACUACCAGCCCCACAUCAACUAAUUAUAACAAAAAUGUGCAACACCAGCAGUAUCACAACUACAGCAUGUCUAGAACCGCUCUACAGAGAACCCAGGAAUUGCAUCAAAAUCUUCCAUCUGAACUAAGAAUACCCAAUCCUCGAGGUCUUCUUAAAAAUGAUCACAUGAAUAUUACUUCUACUAUGACUGAAAGUGAUAUGAUUGCAAAAAGUGACUCUACCGGGAAAACACAAAAAUCUGAUAAAACUAUGCAGAAUCAACCAAUUGUCAGUUCGAUGGCAUAUAAAACUCCUUAUAACACACAUUCGUCACUGCCUCUGGAUAGCCUGCGAAAUCUACCUAAUAUCCCUCAAAUGCUUGAGCGGUACACUAACGAUGAACGAUAUCUAUCCAGUUUUGCCGCUACCAACCCGUCACUAUACCAUGACAAAACAUUUCAAAUGGCGCAAAUGUUUAACAAAAGCAUGCCCUCGGAUUCUCAGCCAGUAAGCACAUCUGUUAGUAUAUACUCUCAACCUUCAAUUGCAAUGAGCAAAGAUUCCAGUAUUUAUAAAACACCUACCACUAACCCUUCGGCACAAGCCGAUUCUAAGAGUAGGACGAAACGAAAGCGAACUUCUGAAACCAAACCAGGGCAGAUUGCAAGUCAGAGUUACCACACUCCUUGCGCUACUGAUGUUUUGUCCUCUGUUAAAACUAGCAUGGUUCCAGGAAGCGCAUUCAAUUUCGGUACUACGCCAAGCAUGGCCUUGGGUGGCAGUCUGUAUGGAGACGGCACUGGAUUUUCAAUUGAAGAGUUCCGCAACAGUACGAAUCAGUUAAUGGCAGCAAAUUACAUGGCGGCGGUCGCACAUCAACAGCGAAAUAAUGUUGAGGCGAGUGCUGAAAAGCUUGUAAAGCCUGCUCAUCAGAACUCGACUCACAACAGUGGAUCGUUCCCUUUCAUUGGACAUGGGCAAGUACGGAGUGGAUACGGAUUUGUGGGUGCGGAUAGCUCGGCACCGCUGUACCAGCAGUACUUCCAGCGGCAUCAGGAGGAGCUGCUGCGACAGUCGGGCGUGUCGCAGAUCAUGGGGCUGUACCCGCCCGGGUACCCCGCCGCGCUCGGCGUGCGCCAGCCUUAUGACGCCAUCAACCGCCCUUCCUGGCUCUAGGCUAGCAAAUGCAUAUUCAUCUCAACGCAUCAAACAAACGACUUGGGUGCAUGUAACAUGUACCUACUGUACAACCUAAAUAUACUUAUAAUUAAUGUGACAAUUGUUAUAGAAUUAGUAUUGAUUUAAUAAUUUAUGUUGUUUGUAGAUCCAAUAGCAUUUUGUGAAGAUUAUUUAUAAGAUUCACAUUAUUUAUAACUAUGUAUUAAAUGCAAUGUAGAAUGAACACUUCAUGACAAUUUAAUGUGUGAAUUACUUUUACUUUAGUGAUAUAAUGAUGAUUCGACUAACAGUUAAUUCCGGUUAACGAGUUUACUUUAUAUUAUGACGAGCUAUAGUGAUUGUUAACUUUAAGGAUAUAACUUUUAUUAUUCCGUACUAUGUGUCCACUUAGUCAUACAAACAUAAAAAUUAUAUGAACAAAAAAAUGUUAAAGUCUACAAUUUACCAGUAUAAAUGUUAGUUAAAUACAUAGUUUCUUUGUAAGCAUAUUUAUUUAGCUAGUUUAGCACUCUUAUAGUUUGACCAAGUGAUCACAUUUCGUUGAGAUUACCCUUGCUGACCGUAAUUGCAUAAUGUAUCCAUGUAGUAUUGAUUGACGCGACGCUUUAGCUAUUAGCUUUAUUACAGGUCACAUAAAAACUCUUGUUAUUAUGAUAAUUUAAAUUUUACGUUAUGCUACUUACGUAGGUUGUUGUGUAAAUAUAUCUCUAUUUUCUUUUGUUUACUACAUAUUAAUGUUUUAAUAGCAUUUUACUUAUACAUCUACUUUUGUAAGAUAAGAUUAAACUUUAAUUUAAUGAUAAAAAUUCAUGAAAGUAGUUUAAGGACUCAUUUAGUAAAUUAAAUAAGGUAUUAUAUUAAAAUCUUGUGUAAAAAUUAAAUAAAACUUUUUCAAAAACAUUAAAUUUAA